CGAUAGUGUCAUCGAAAGUUCUCCAUUUCUAAGAUAGCAAAGGAAAAUAUAAAGAUAUAAAAAAAUAGUGUAGAACUGUCCAGCAGUUGAAAUUAAAAUUUUACAACUAAUUUAUUUUAAAUUAUAGAUAAAGAAGAAGGUUUUUGAAAAAUGGAUUUGCCUAGCUUAAACGAGUAUAAAUUAAGCUGUGAACUAUUAGGACACAGCAUGGAUGUAAGAACAGUGUGCUGUGUGGAUGAUAACACUAUUAUAUCAGGUUCGCGGGAUAAGACAGUAAAAAUAUGGCAAAGAAUUGAAAAAGACAAAUUUGACGUCGUCGCAACACACAGCAGGCACAAGAACUUUGUUGCAUGUGUGUACUAUCUAGAAUCGGAAAAUUGGAUAUGUACUGGAAGUAAUGAUUCAAGUAUUCUAAUUUAUCGUGUCGGUUGUGCGAAUCCAUUUGCUGAGUUACGUGGUCACGAAGAUACUGUAUGCAGCUUAUAUAGAGCAUUGGGUCAAAAAACUAUUAUAUCAGGUAGCUGGGAUAAAACAGCGAUAGUAUGGUCGAUUAACGACGAUGGAACCUUCACGUAUAAUACACUGAAAGGUCACACAGCUGCCGUGUGGUCAGUAGGUUGUUUUUUGAUGUUAGAAAAAUAUAUCACAGCAUCAGCUGAUAAAAAUAUAAUAUUUUGGAAUACCAACGGCGAAAAAUUACGAAUACUUAAAGGUCAUACGGAUUGUAUUAGAAGUUUAAUACCUUUCGAAGAUGGAUCACUUGUAAGUUGUGGAAAUGAUGCAAUAAUCAAAUGUUGGAGUAGCGAAGGGGAUUGUAUACGAGAACUAAGUGGACAUACAAAUUUUAUAUAUUCAAUUUCAAAAAAUCCAAAUUUGGGCGAACAUAUUUUUGUAUCUUCUGGUGAAGAUGGUACUGUAAGACUUUGGAGUCUCGCUCACGGUCAGCUUGGAGAAGAAUUAACUUUGCCUGUACAAUCUGUAUGGUCUGUCGCUUGUUUAAACAAUGGUGAUAUAGUGACAGGGAAUAGCGAUGGUGUUGUAAGAAUAUUUACAAGGGACCUUGCCAGAACGGCUGAGAAUGAAAAACUGAAACAGUUUCAAGUAGCAGUGGAAACAAUAAAACUUGAAAAACUCCAGACCAUUGGUGGAUAUAAUAAAGACAGUUUGCCUGGGCCAGAUAUUCUUACCAAACCGGGAGCAAAGGAAGGACAAACUAAAAUGAUUCGUGAAGUUGAUGGUAAAGUCUCUUGUUAUAUUUGGGAAAAUAAUAAUUGGAAUAAAUUGGGUGAUGUUGUGGGUGCAUCUGGUGGUUCACAAGCUAAUUCUGGAAAAGUUUUGUACAUGGGCAAAGAGUAUGAUUAUGUAUUUAGCGUAGAUGUUUCUGAAAACGAGCCGCCAAAAAAAUUACCAUAUAAUAUUGGUGAAGAUCCAUGGCUUGCAGCACAAAACUUUAUUGACAAAAAUAAUUUACCUCAAGUUUAUUUAGAUCAAGUUGCGAAUUUUAUUAUUAAUAAUUCUAACGCUGAAACUGUUGAAAAAAAAGUUGUGACCGAAUAUCAAGAUCCUUUUACAGGGGAAUCUAGGUAUAUUCCUGGAGUAAAUGCGGAAGCUUCAAGCUAUAACUUUCAGAAUUUUAUAUCUGCAAAACCUACAGUGAAACAUUUUCCAAUAACAACUUUUUUUACAUUAGAUACAUGUGAUAUUGGGAAAGUGUUUGACAAAUUACGAGAAUUUAAUACGCAAGCUGGAGCUAUGAAAGUCAGUGAGCAAACAUUGAAAUUUAUAAUAGAAUUGGUUGAUAAAAAUGAAAAAAAGCCAUAUAAUGUUGAAUUAUUAACCGAUCUUUUAUCUUGGCCUGAAGAUAUUUUGUUUCCCGUAUUGGAUAUAACACGUUUAGCCAUACGUGAUGAAAAAAUUUUCUUUCAACUUAAACCAACUCUAUUCAUGGAAAAUAUCCUACGAGGACUUCAUUCAAAUUUACCGAAUCAACUCAUGACAGUACGAUGUUUUGUUAAUCUUAUGGGUCAUCCAUUAGGACGAGAUUCUAUUGAAAACAAUUUAACAAGAAUUAUAGAUGGUGUGAAAAAUUUGAAAAAAGGCAGUAGUAAUUUACAAAUUGCCAUUGCAACAUUUUACUUGAAUUUGUCAAUUACUCAAGUGCAGGAUAAUAUCACAGCGCAAGAUAAGUGUGGGAUUAUAUUUGAAGGCGUUGUGAGUUUUUUAGAAUGGGCUACAGAAUCGGAAGCUUGGUACCGUUGCAUGCAAAUGUUAGGGAAUUUAUCUUGCACUAAUUAUCGUCAAAUACUUCUCGCUCAAAUAAUUUCUGUUGAUUAUGUCAUCAAGAAAAUUCGUGAAUUAGCCAAUUCCUCACCAGAAAUUGGUUGUGAGAAGACCAGUGAAUGUGCUAAAGCAUUAAUUUCUUUAUUUUAACAGUGAAAUCAGUUUUUCACUUGAGCUAUUUUAUUUUUACAAGAUUUGUAAAAAAUAAAAGAAAAUAAAGCGCUUAUUUAUAA